GGCGACGAACCGUUGAUCGAUUUUAAACAACUCGACACACUUUGUGCUGCCUUUGACGAUCCUGAAGUUCAAAUUGCAACAUUGGGGAUUGAGCAAGUGACAGAAGAUGACUUGAAAAACCCGAAUCGUAUAAAACUCGUUUGCGAUCAAUCUGGAAAUGCUUUGUAUUUCUCUCGAAGCCCGAUUCCGAAUACAUAUCAUGCAAAAGAAGAAGCAAAAAAUGUGUUUCCUUUUAUGCGUCAUAUUGGAGUGUAUGCCUACCGAAAAUCAACCUUAAAAGAACUAGUAAAUCUGGAGCCUUCACUUUUGGAAAAGGUUGAGUCUCUGGAACAACUACGUUGGUUGUUUUAUGGUUAUUCGAUUCGUGUGAUGACAACAACCAUAGAAACUCCGAAUAUUGAUGUCCCGGAAGAUGUGGAACAAGUGCUAAAAAGCCUGUAA